AUGCAUAGCAGAAGAGGGAUGAAAGAUCAAUUUCAAAGGGAUACAGAUUUUCUAAUGGAAAAAAUUGGAGCACCAAAAGGACUUUCCAAGUAUGAUGCUACUGAAUGGGUUCCAAGAGUGGUCAACUUUUGGAAUUACAAGUAUUCUGGUGGGUUUAAAGUUUAUAUAUUUGGGGAAUAUGGUCAAUAUAAACCAAUAUUUAAAUAUGGGCAGGAUGUUUUUAAGACUCCUAUACUUAUUUAUUAUAAUAAUGACCACUUUGAUGGGGUACGAAGGGCUUCAGAUUUAUUCAAGCAGCCGUAUUGUUUAUCAUGUGAAAGUGUUUAUAAUAGACGACAAAAUCACUCAACAAAUUGUCAAUCAAGAUGUUUGAACUGUUAUAGAAUUGGGCCAAGAUUUCCUUGUAGUCCCUCAGAUAACUUUUCAAAAUUGUGUGAUGGAUGUGAAAAGCAAUUUUAUAAUGAAAAUUGUUAUAAUUCACACCUUAAUUCAAAUAUUUGUAAAAAUUCUAAAAAAUGUACAAAAUGCGGUGUAAUCUGGAAUGUUCACAAAAAUACAAAUAAUGGAAGAAAAGGACAUGAAUGUUCGGAAAAUUUUUGUAUUAGAUGUAAAGUAUUUCACAACCCUAAGCGUGGAUGUUACAUAGCUCCACUAACUCCGAAGGAACAAAAUCCAUACAGGAUAAUAGUUUUCGACCUUGAAACAACGCAACAUAGAAUCUUUGACCAGAAAAGAAUACAUGAACCUAAUUUUAUAGCAGUAAAAGUUACUUGUCCGAGCUGUAUACAAAAUGGAGAUACAACAGACUGCAACAUCUGUGGGAAGUUUAAAUCUUUAACUUUUUCAAUAAAACCUUUUAGAAAUACAACCGUGGAUAAACAAAACGUCACAUUAUAUCCACUUACUGAUUUUGUAAAUUGGAUCCUAACUUUGGAAAAUGAUACAGUUGUAUUUUCACAUUUCGGUGGGAGGUUUGAUAUGGUAAUUGUUUUCAAAGCAUUGUUUCUUCGAGGAAUAACUCCUGAAAUGAUAAAAAAAGGAAAUAAAAUGUAUGAAAUGAAGGUGAGGAAUAAGAAAUGUACAAUAAUAUUCAGAGACAGUUUUAACUUACUACCGAUGUCACUUGCAGCGCUAGUACCCGCAUUUGCUUUAACUGUACAAGAUAAGCCAUUCUUCCCACAUAUGGCUAAUAGACCCGAAAAUUAUGAAAAGGAAAUUUAUCCAACGAAGCAAGACUAUUUGGCUGAAGGAAUGAUGCCAGAAAAGAGGAUUCAGUUUGAUAAAUGCGGCUUUAAUAACAUUUCGUAA